AUGGGUCUGGUUAUGCUUGUGCUGCCCGGCGCGUCGGCGGUGUCGGUGGACAGCAGGGCGCACAAGAAGGACGCGUCGGUGCUUAUCCUGGGUGGCGGCGUCGCGGGGGUCAUCGCUGCGCGCACGCUACACGAGCAGGGCAUCACGAACUUCACCAUCGUCGAGGCCAAAGGUGAACUGGGAGGUCGCCUCACCUCCACGACCUUUGGAGCAAAGGGCAAGGAGGUUACGCUCGAGCUAGGCGCCAACUGGGUACAAGGCACGCAGACCGACGACGGACCCGCCAACCCUAUCUGGACCCUCGUCCAGAAGCACGGCUUGAAGACGCACGAGAACGACUGGACCGGCAGCAUCGUGACCUACAACGCGACCGGCCCAGACGACUUUCUCGACCUGUUCGACGAGUCUGCGGACGCGUACACGAACCUAACGAUCACCGCAGGCGCACGUGUAGACAAGCGGCUCGUGGACGGCACCGCGCGCACUGGGUAUUCGCUCCUCGGCGCCAAGUCGCGCACCCCGCAGGCGAUGGCGAGCGAGUACUACCAAUUUGACUGGGAGUACGCGCAGACGCCCGAGGAGUCGUCUUGGAUCGCCAGCUCCUGGGGCAACAACUUCACGUACAACACGGACGUGGGCGGGUUCGGAGACGACAACCAGAUGGCGCUUGACCCGCGCGGGUUCAAGUACAUCCUCGACGGGGAGGCGGCCGAGUUCCUGCAGCCUAGCCAGCUGCGCACGAACUCCACUGUCAAGACGAUUAAGCACUCGGACUCGGGCGUCAGUGUCGUGCUCGAGAGCGGGGAGGUCUUGCAUGCGGACUACGCGCUGUGCACGUUCAGCCUGGGAGUGCUCCAGCACGAUGACGUCGUGUUCGAGCCCGCGUUGCCGGACUGGAAGGAGGAGGCGAUCCAGAGUAUGACCAUGGCUACGUACACGAAGAUCUUCCUGCAGUUCGAAGAGAAGUUCUGGUUCGACACUGAAAUGGCAUUGUACGCGGACCCUGAGCGCGGGAGGUACCCCGUGUGGCAGUCCCUCGACCACGAGAACUUCCUCCCCGGCUCUGGCAUCGUCUUCGUCACCACUACCGGCGACUACUCGUUGCGUGUCGAGUCCCUACCAGACGCACAGGUGCAAGAGGAGGUCCUCGGCGUGCUCGCCGCGAUGUUCCCGAACACGACGAUCCCCGCCCCAGUCGCAUUCCACUUCCCGCGCUGGAACGCCGACCCGCUCUUCCGCGGCUCGUACUCUAACUGGCCGUCGUCGUUCUUCAGCGAGCACCACGAGAACCUGCGCGCGAACGUCGGCGAGCGCCUCUGGUUCGCGGGCGAGGCGACGAGCCAGAAGUACUUCGGCUUCCUGCACGGGGCGUACUUCGAGGGCGUGGACGUCGCCACCGAGAUGGCCAAGUGCAUCAAGGGCGGCGGAUGCGUGGGCAUGAAACACGUCCUGGAGGUCACGAACGCGCGGCCGUACCAGAUCUAA